AUGGCCUCGAUGCGAGUCGAGUGUCGUGUUAGCGUAAUUCCCGUUAGCGCGACACUCGACAAGCAGUCGUCAACACCACCACGACACAAGAUCCCCGAACAGUUGGAAUCCUUUGAACGCGUCCAAACUCGUCACUCAAUUUCUCCUACACCUAGCAGAAAGAUGAACCACUAUCAACAUGUAAAUAAACCCCUGUCGUCUCCGCCCCGUCAGGACCGCGCUAACGCCAAGAGAGGAAUGAUGCUGUCAAUAUCAGGCACUUUGGCCAACCAUAUGACCCAACACGACCGCCAAGCGCGGGAUCCGUGGCUUGUAUUCAGCAUAUCGCUUGGAGAUUAUAUUAAUCUAUGCGUUCAUCCUUUUUUGCCUCCUGUGCUGUUCUUCGACAAUCGGCGACGGCGGACCCUAUCAUGGCACGGCACGUGGAUUCGCGUCGCCAUCUGCCGCCCACUUGCCGCGCUGCAGCCGAGGGCAGCCCUGUAA